AUGAAUGAAAAAUAUUUAAGUAAAUUUUUGAGAGCCCCUUAUAUCUUGAAUGAAAAAACAAUUGAAGGACUUUACAAUGAUAUAAAAGACCUUGACGAGUUUUCAUUGAAGAUUUAUAUGGACGAAUUCAAGGGUAAAUCUUACAGUCAGUCUCCCGCGAAGUAUCAGUCAGUCUCCCGCGAAGUAUCAGGCAGUCUCCCGCGAAGUAUCAGGCGGUCUCCCGCGAAGUAUCAGGCAGUCUCCCGCGAAGUAUCAGGCGGUCUCCCGCGAAGUAUCAGGCAGUCUCCCGCGAAGUAUCAGGCGGUCUCCCGCGAAGUAUCAGGCGGUCUCCCGCGAAGUAUCAGGCGGUCUCCCGCGAAGUAUCAGGCAGUCUCCCGCGAAGUAUCAGGCGGUCUCCCGCGAAGUAUCAGGCGGUCUCCCGCGAAGUAUCAGGCAGUCUCCCGCGAAGUAUCAGGCGGUCUCCCGCGAAGUAUCAGGCGGUCUCCCGCGAAGUAUCAGGCAGUCUCCCGCGAAGUAUCAGUCAGUCUCCCGCGAAGUAUCAGGCAGUCUCCCGCAAAGUAUCAGGCGGUCUCCCGCGAAGUAUCAGGCAGUCUCCCGCGAAGUAUCAGGCGGUCUCCCGCGAAGUAUCAGGCGGUCUCCCGCGAAGUAUCAGGCGGUCUCCCGCGAAGUAUCAGGCAGUCUCCCGCGAAGUAUCAGGCGGUCUCCCGCGAAGUAUCAGGCGGUCUCCCGCGAAGUAUCAGGCAGUCUCCCGCGAAGUAUCAGGCAGUCUCCCGCGAAGUAUCAGGCAGUCUCCCGCGAAGUAUCAGUCAGUCUCCCGCGAAGUAUCAGGCGUAUAGAAACGGAGUUAAAGAUAAUGUUGGUCAGGAGUGGCGAAAGCGACAAGAGCUCACGCUCUCAGCCGCAGAGGGAGUGCAUGGCUCUCUCGUCCUGCGGCCCUACGGGCUCGCGACGUCGGGCUUCGGCCUCUUCGCGACGGACCGCCUCGCCAAGGCGGCCUUCGCCAUCGUGCUCAGCGACCCUGGCAACGGGAUCGCGACGAAGAUCUUCGUCGGCGAGGACGAGGUUGGCGAUAUCUCCGCCAAGGACGACAACACGGUCGCCGUCGCGAUGACGCGCUGCAUCGUCGUGCUGCACCGCGCCAAGGGCCUAUGGACGGUGACGCGGCUGCCGACCUUCGACAACGCGAAGUUCCGGGGCGUCUCGUGGUCGCCCGACCCGAUGAUCAUCUACGGCGUGGACGAGUCGCAGAACUGCAUCUGGCAGCUGAAGGCGGGCGGCGGCCCUCCGACGCGGAUCGCGGGCACGCAGAAGCGCGGCGCGUUGAGCAUCGGCGGCAGGGCGACGGCCUGCGCGCUCCAGGGGCCGACGUUCUGUUGUCAAGUGGGCGAGUCCAUCGUCUUCGCGGAGACCGCGGCCGGGCAGCUAAGGCUCCUUACGGACAUUUAUCCGUGGGUCCACCGCGUCAUGUCCACCGUCGCGUCGUGGGCCUGCUCCUUCGAGCACACCGCCGACGCCGCGGCGCACACGACGUCCCUCGCGGACGCCGUGAAGGCGACGCGGGCCCUCGACGAGCUCUUAUGCGAGCUCCACCACCAGAACUACGUGGUGACGGGACGACGCGGCGCCGACGCGCAGGGCCCCGUGGGGAACGUCUCGGCCUGUGUGCGGGCGUGCGUGUCCUGCAAAAUCGGCUUCUACGAGCGCGUCAUCACGACGCUCGCGGCGCUCGGCGUCCCCGCGCACGUCGCGCGCGAGGUCCGCGCCGCCGUGUUCGGGACCCCCAGGAACGAGAAGUGGCCGAUGCCCUACGUGCUCCAGUACCUGCUCGCGCGGUCCAAGGCGAUCCACGAGGACAUGAAGCGAAGGAACCCCUGCGGCUUCUCCUACAUGACCUCCCCGGCGUCGAGGCACGCGCCCGCGGACCACUACAGCUGCGACGGCGCGCGCGCCGCGACGGAGAUUUACACGCUCCAGAAGGCCGGCCGCCGCGGGCGCUCGAAGGAGGCGAAGGCGGAGCGGAAGACCGCCGUCGCGGACGCCGCGCUCAUGCGGGGCGUCGCGGAGCGGCUCAAAGGGAAGCGCCAGGCGCCGCCCAAAGCCCGCGGCAUGGAGGGACCGGGCGCCUACGUCGACGCGCGCUGGGCGCCGAUUUCCGCCGGCGUCGCGGACCAAGAGGUGCGCGCUCGCCAGCUCGCGCUCGACGACGCGCCGCUCGCCGACGCGGGCCGCGGCGGCGACCGGCGGACGCUCCUCUUCCGCGCGGGCGACCUCGUCAUCGUCGACUACGACGGCGACGCCCGCUUGGCGCAGCUCAAGGAGUCCCUGGUCCGCGUCUCCACGGAGACGGGCCGUGGCACGACGCGCGCGACGACGCGGACGAUGGAGCCGCCGCGGCCGUCCGUCCGGCUCUACGUCCAGCGCGACGACGGCGAGCGCGACGAGGAGACCAACAGCGUGGCCUACGAGACGAGCCGGUUCGCCUGGGUCGAGGUCGAGGCGCGGAACAUCUGCGCCGGCGUGCGCAAGGAGAAGAUCUUCGCGGUGGAGUACAACAAGGACGCGUCGCGCCGAAUCGCGUCGUUCCGCGUCUACGACGACGAGGCCGAGCGGCUCACCUCGAUCUGGCGCCACGGCGGCGACCUCGACGACACGCCGCCGCCGUCGGACGACGACGACGACGACAGCGACGACGAGCCCUCCGGCGGGGGCCGGAAGCGGAAGCGAAACACGCCCAAACUCGAGUCUCGCCGCCGAGUAGGGGUAAUCCGGCUGCUCGUCCUUCUCCGAGUCCCACACCGUCAUCCUCGAGCCGUCCACCUUGGUGAGCAUGAUCUCGAAGGUGUCGUUCACGGGCGUCUGGGCGACGGGGCUCGGCGUCGCCGCGACGACCGCGGACGCCAGGAACUCCGUCAUGCUCUGCCUCUGGUGUUUCUCGAGGUCCGGCGCGUUGCCGCUGUUGCAGUACGUCGAGUGCUUCUUCUUCAUGUGGUAGUCGAUGCACGCCUUGACGCUCCCCGUGAUCUCGUAGAGCUUGCCCUCGUUGUGGCACACGUUGCACCGCGCGAACAGCUGCUCGCUGCCCGACGCAGCCCGGGUCGUCGUGGUCGCUCGGGUGCGUGUGAUGUCCACGACGUCCACGGCCAGCGUCUCCGUGUCCUCGAAGUUGUUGCCCGUCCACGUCUUCGUGUAGCCGUAGGCGGCCUUGGCCUGGCUCUCGAGCAUGCGCGCCUUCCUGCGGAAGUUCGUCUCGGCCUCGUCGAGUUCGUCGUCCGAGCUCUCGCCGCCGCAGAACUCGCCCGGAGCGUCGUCUCCAAGCGCGCCGCGCCCUCGCGGGCGUCGGCGACCGAGCCCUGGAGGACGAGGUUCGUAGUUAACGGACGCGGCUUCUCCGUCGCAAACACCGUCUACAUCGUCGCCGGCGUCCUCGCGGUCCUGGAGGGAGACGCCCACGGAGAGGUCGUAGUCGCCGAUGCGGCCCCUGACGACCGACGGAUCGAAUUUGCGGCGGACGAAGUUGAUUGCGUCGGAGAACGCGAGCUGGAUGCGCCCGUCGACCGUGUCCACUGCUGGGAUCGUUGCAUAAUUCCGCAUUAUCGCGCGGCUGUUAGAAGUCUCUCUAUCUCUCUAUUCGAUGAUAAGAUAAAGCAAAUUGAACCUAUACGGACAUUAGUUUCCAUGAGAGCAUAUCUGAGCAUUGUCUUACUGUCGUUUUGCACAUCUUUUGGCUGGGGCUGUUCCCACUACAAGCUUGAACUUUUUGAUUACACCGGAGACGGUUGGUCUGGUAAUCAGUAUCACUUUGUGGACGAGUUGGGCAAUACCAUUAUCUCUGGCACGUUGACUCUCGCGGAUGGAUCUUUCAGCGAGAGGUAUGUUUGCGCUGAUGAUGGCUGCUAUCGUGUCAAGGUCGGGGGUAACCCGUAUGGAAAUCUGGAUCAAAUUGACUGGACUCUGACCAUGAUCGAAGACCCCUUCGAUACAGUAUCAGGCACUGCAUAUGGUGAAAUUACAGUCCAGCUGAGUGGAGGGAAAAUUUUAGAGAAUGCAUGUUCACGGCCGCCCAGCUUGAGCAAUGUUCCAACUCGGCAUCCAACCUCGACACCAGGCCCAACUUUGACACCAGAACCGACGCCUAGAGCUACCACUUGCUACCAUCUGGAAUCUCUUAGCAUACUGGGCAAUGGAUGGAACGAUAAUGCGGUCUCCCGCGAAGUAUCAGGCGGUCUCCCGCGAAGUAUCAGGCAGUCUCCCGCGAAGUAUCAGGCGGUCUCCCGCGAAGUAUCAGGCGGUCUCCCGCGAAGUAUCAGGCAGUCUCCCGCGAAGUAUCAGUCAGUCUCCCGCGAAGUAUCAGGCAGUCUCCCGCAAAGUAUCAGGCGGUCUCCCGCGAAGUAUCAGGCAGUCUCCCGCGAAGUAUCAGGCGGUCUCCCGCGAAGUAUCAGGCGGUCUCCCGCGAAGUAUCAGGCGGUCUCCCGCGAAGUAUCAGGCAGUCUCCCGCGAAGUAUCAGGCGGUCUCCCGCGAAGUAUCAGGCGGUCUCCCGCGAAGUAUCAGGCAGUCUCCCGCGAAGUAUCAGGCAGUCUCCCGCGAAGUAUCAGGCAGUCUCCCGCGAAGUAUCAGUCAGUCUCCCGCGAAGUAUCAGGCGUAUAGAAACGGAGUUAAAGAUAAUGCGAAAGCGACAAGAGCUCACGCUCUCAGCCGCAGAGGGAGUGCAUGGCUCUCUCGUCCUGCGGCCCUACGGGCUCGCGACGUCGGGCUUCGGCCUCUUCGCGACGGACCGCCUCGCCAAGGCGGCCUUCGCCAUCGUGCUCAGCGACCCUGGCAACGGGAUCGCGACGAAGAUCUUCGUCGGCGAGGACGAGGUUGGCGAUAUCUCCGCCAAGGACGACAACACGGUCGCCGUCGCGAUGACGCGCUGCAUCGUCGUUAGAAGUCUCUCUAUCUCUCUAUUCGAUGAUAAGAUAAAGCAAAUUGAACCUAUACGGACAUUAGUUUCCAUGAGAGCAUAUCUGAGCAUUGUCUUACUGUCGUUUUGCACAUCUUUUGGCUGGGGCUGUUCCCACUACAAGCUUGAACUUUUUGAUUACACCGGAGACGGUUGGUCUGGUAAUCAGUAUCACUUUGUGGACGAGUUGGGCAAUACCAUUAUCUCUGGCACGUUGACUCUCGCGGAUGGAUCUUUCAGCGAGAGGUAUGUUUGCGCUGAUGAUGGCUGCUAUCGUGUCAAGGUCGGGGGUAACCCGUAUGGAAAUCUGGAUCAAAUUGACUGGACUCUGACCAUGAUCGAAGACCCCUUCGAUACAGUAUCAGGCACUGCAUAUGGUGAAAUUACAGUCCAGCUGAGUGGAGGGAAAAUUUUAGAGAAUGCAUGUUCACGGCCGCCCAGCUUGAGCAAUGUUCCAACUCGGCAUCCAACCUCGACACCAGGCCCAACUUUGACACCAGAACCGACGCCUAGAGCUACCACUUGCUACCAUCUGGAAUCUCUUAGCAUACUGGGCAAUGGAUGGAACGAUAAUGUCCUUGAUAUCAAAUCUGACUAUUUAUUCCUCACAUACACCUUUGAUGAUGGGUUCUAUAAGGAAGACAGUGUCUGCAUUGAUGAUGGAUGCUACGAUUUUCGCUUUGGAGGGGGGUCCCAACUAGAUGCUGCGGGGUUUCGCUUCGUUUUUGAUGACAAAUUUUAUGGAGAAGUCCCGACAUCAGGGCUCAUUGGUCUAUCGCAAGGAGCCGUGUCCAUGGGGCAAUGUACCUCACAGCCUUCUCUCAGCACACCGCCCUCAAUUUCGCCAAACCCGUCACCUAGUCCGAGCGUUUCUAAAAGCCCGACAGUGACCUUUACGCCCACAAACACUCAUAGCCCAAGUGUGGAUGCGUGUAAGCCCGAGUGUUAUCACAAUACCUGCUUUGAUCUGAUCUUGGCAUAUGAAGACACCACAUGCGAGAAUCUCCAAGAACUUGGGUGCACAUGUGCCAACUGUCGUUGCCCGGACCCCCGUCCGACGAGUGUCCCCUCGGCGAGCUUAAAGCCCACUUUGACCAAGACUCCAACAGCAGCCCCCACGACAGCAACGCCAACAACGCCGAAACCCAGUCUGAUGCCCCAUGCUCGACCGCCAAACCUUGAUUCCAUCAGUACAGAUGAUACUGAUGAUGAGAUGCUCUUAUCGUCAGAAGAGGGGCUCCUGAUUGUCUUUUGGAUCGCGGGCACGCAGAAGCGCGGCGCGUUGAGCAUCGGCGGCAGGGCGACGGCCUGCGCGCUCCAGGGGCCGACGUUCUGUUGUCAAGUGGGCGAGUCCAUCGUCUUCGCGGAGACCGCGGCCGGGCAGCUAAGGCUCCUUACGGACAUUUAUCCGUGGGUCCACCGCGUCAUGUCCACCGUCGCGUCGUGGGCCUGCUCCUUCGAGCACACCGCCGACGCCGCGGCGCACACGACGUCCCUCGCGGACGCCGUGAAGGCGACGCGGGCCCUCGACGAGCUCUUAUGCGAGCUCCACCACCAGAACUACGUGGUGACGGGACGACGCGGCGCCGACGCGCAGGGCCCCGUGGGGAACGUCUCGGCCUGUGUGCGGGCGUGCGUGUCCUGCAAAAUCGGCUUCUACGAGCGCGUCAUCACGACGCUCGCGGCGCUCGGCGUCCCCGCGCACGUCGCGCGCGAGGUCCGCGCCGCCGUGUUCGGGACCCCCAGGAACGAGAAGUGGCCGAUGCCCUACGUGCUCCAGUACCUGCUCGCGCGGUCCAAGGCGAUCCACGAGGACAUGAAGCGAAGGAACCCCUGCGGCUUCUCCUACAUGACCUCCCCGGCGUCGAGGCACGCGCCCGCGGACCACUACAGCUGCGACGGCGCGCGCGCCGCGACGGAGAUUUACACGCUCCAGAAGGCCGGCCGCCGCGGGCGCUCGAAGGAGGCGAAGGCGGAGCGGAAGACCGCCGUCGCGGACGCCGCGCUCAUGCGGGGCGUCGCGGAGCGGCUCAAAGGGAAGCGCCAGGCGCCGCCCAAAGCCCGCGGCAUGGAGGGACCGGGCGCCUACGUCGACGCGCGCUGGGCGCCGAUUUCCGCCGGCGUCGCGGACCAAGAGGUGCGCGCUCGCCAGCUCGCGCUCGACGACGCGCCGCUCGCCGACGCGGGCCGCGGCGGCGACCGGCGGACGCUCCUCUUCCGCGCGGGCGACCUCGUCAUCGUCGACUACGACGGCGACGCCCGCUUGGCGCAGCUCAAGGAGUCCCUGGUCUACAUCGUCGCCGGCGUCCUCGCGGUCCUGGAGGGAGACGCCCACGGAGAGGUCGUAGUCGCCGAUGCGGCCCCUGACGACCGACGGAUCGAAUUUGCGGCGGACGAAGUUGAUUGCGUCGGAGAACGCGAGCUGGAUGCGCCCGUCGACCGUGUCCACUGCUGGGAUCGUUGCAUAAUUCCGCAUUAUCGCGCGGCUGUUAGAAGUCUCUCUAUCUCUCUAUUCGAUGAUAAGAUAAAGCAAAUUGAACCUAUACGGACAUUAGUUUCCAUGAGAGCAUAUCUGAGCAUUGUCUUACUGUCGUUUUGCACAUCUUUUGGCUGGGGCUGUUCCCACUACAAGCUUGAACUUUUUGAUUACACCGGAGACGGUUGGUCUGGUAAUCAGUAUCACUUUGUGGACGAGUUGGGCAAUACCAUUAUCUCUGGCACGUUGACUCUCGCGGAUGGAUCUUUCAGCGAGAGGUAUGUUUGCGCUGAUGAUGGCUGCUAUCGUGUCAAGGUCGGGGGUAACCCGUAUGGAAAUCUGGAUCAAAUUGACUGGACUCUGACCAUGAUCGAAGACCCCUUCGAUACAGUAUCAGGCACUGCAUAUGGUGAAAUUACAGUCCAGCUGAGUGGAGGGAAAAUUUUAGAGAAUGCAUGUUCACGGCCGCCCAGCUUGAGCAAUGUUCCAACUCGGCAUCCAACCUCGACACCAGGCCCAACUUUGACACCAGAACCGACGCCUAGAGCUACCACUUGCUACCAUCUGGAAUCUCUUAGCAUACUGGGCAAUGGAUGGAACGAUAAUGUCCUUGAUAUCAAAUCUGACUAUUUAUUCCUCACAUACACCUUUGAUGAUGGGUUCUAUAAGGAAGACAGUGUCUGCAUUGAUGAUGGAUGCUACGAUUUUCGCUUUGGAGGGGGGUCCCAACUAGAUGCUGCGGGGUUUCGCUUCGUUUUUGAUGACAAAUUUUAUGGAGAAGUCCCGACAUCAGGGCUCAUUGGUCUAUCGCAAGGAGCCGUGUCCAUGGGGCAAUGUACCUCACAGCCUUCUCUCAGCACACCGCCCUCAAUUUCGCCAAACCCGUCACCUAGUCCGAGCGUUUCUAAAAGCCCGACAGUGACCUUUACGCCCACAAACACUCAUAGCCCAAGUGUGGAUGCGUGUAAGCCCGAGUGUUAUCACAAUACCUGCUUUGAUCUGAUCUUGGCAUAUGAAGACACCACAUGCGAGAAUCUCCAAGAACUUGGGUGCACAUGUGCCAACUGUCGUUGCCCGGACCCCCGUCCGACGAGUGUCCCCUCGGCGAGCUUAAAGCCCACUUUGACCAAGACUCCAACAGCAGCCCCCACGACAGCAACGCCAACAACGCCGAAACCCAGUCUGAUGCCCCAUGCUCGACCGCCAAACCUUGAUUCCAUCAGUACAGAUGAUACUGAUGAUGAGAUGCUCUUAUCGUCAGAAGAGGGGCUCCUGAUUGUCUUUUGCAUUGCCUUUGUCAGCGUUAGCCUUGGACUGUGUUUGAGGGAUCUGAAACACAAGAGAGACAGCGCGAGAGAAGUAGAGAUACACGCACAUCAAGCAGGUAUCGUUAACGCAUCUGCGAAGCACACCGUAGAGCAGAGAAAGAAUACUUGCUCUGCGCCAGAACUCGUUAAUGCCACCGAAACUCAUAUAAACACGGCUCCGGAGAAGCAAAACAGCUCCCUUCCUGUAGCAAACAUCAAAGAAGAUGUCAUCGAGUUCUCUUAUAUUUGA